AUGCAGGGCCGUAAAAUUAGACAUCUGUCAGCAAUCCAGAGACCCUUUGCUCUAAACAUAACUCGUGUUUAUCGCACAACAGCCUCUAAUGCAAUCAAUGUUUUAGCGGAAUUAUUACCCCUCCACUUACGAGUUGAAGAAGAGGCUGUCAGGCAACUCAUCAAACAGUUACGGCGUCCAGCUUACUUCUCUGAUGAAUAUUUCCUUCCAGAAGAAUAUGAAAUCCCGGCUCCUGAUUUUCGUACCCAUCCAUCAUUUAAAGGCAUUGGUGUUCGCAUCCAAGUUCAGCCAACUGCUACAGCUCUGCCUUCUCAAAUAGAAAUUUAUACAGACGGCUCGAAAAUCAACGAAAACACAGGCAGUGCUUUUGCUGUUUUGCGGGAUCAUAUAGUUACACAUCAUUGGAAAGGUCAACUGCGCUCUCAAAAUUCAGUCUUCCAAGGUGAAGCGAUUGCUAUUGCACAAGCCUUACGCUACUUAAUCUUUUACGGUAUUAAAAAAGCAGUUAUAAAAACAGACAGUCUAUCGUCGUUGCGUGCUUUAGGUAAUCCUGACCAUCCAUCUACCAUCAUCCAAACCAUUCAGCAGGACCUAAGAGAGCAUUUCCCCCCCAUCAGCUUAAACUUGAGUGGAUCAAAGCUCAUGCUGGGCAUUACGGAAACGAAACUGCAGACAGUCUAG